AUGGCUUCAUCGAACAGACACUGGCCUAGUAUGUUUAAGUCCAAACCUUGCAACCCUCAUCACCACCAAUGGCAGCAUGACAUCAAUCCUUCAUCUCUAAUGUCAACUGGUUGCCAAAGAACCCCUUACACAUCAGUUCCUGGAUGUGAAGAGAGAAGUCCAGAGCCAAAGCCAAGAUGGAACCCAAAACCUGAGCAAAUUCGCAUAUUGGAAGCAAUCUUCAAUUCUGGGAUGGUGAAUCCACCAAGGGAUGAGAUAAGGAAGAUCAGAGCUCAAUUGCAAGAAUAUGGCCAAGUUGGUGAUGCCAAUGUCUUUUACUGGUUUCAAAACAGAAAAUCAAGAAGCAAACACAAACUGAGAAACCUUCAAAACUCAAAACAACAGAGCUCUCAACAACAACAUAUUACCCCUCCAAACACGAACCCUGCGAGUGCCACCCUCACAGCUCCAUCCUCUUCAUCCUCCUCCUCAGAGAAAUCCUCUCCAAAUGGGUCUAAAGGGACUCUCUCUUUGAGCUCUCCCACUUUUAUUGAUGCUUCCAAUUCGCCAACCAGUUCAGUUAACCAAACCUAUUUUCAAGCACAAAAUGAAUUUGUGCCUGAACCAUUUUUCUUCCCUGUUCAACAGACUGGAGCUGGAGGGGGCACGGGGGCUUUUACACAAGGCUUUUGCUUCUCUGAGUUAUCAAAUGUGGUUAAUGUUCAAGAUCACACUGUUGGGCCAUGCACUAGUCUAUUGCUUAGUGAGAUAAUGAAUUCCAGUGCUUCAAAGAAAGUAAAUCAUGGAGAGAAAAGCCCAAAGAUUCAACCGCAGCUAGGUUACAUUGCCACCUCCGCAAUUACUCAUAGCAUUGGUCUUUCUUCUCCACUUCCCUCUUCAACUAAUACUAGUACUGUUGCUGUUCAAUCUACUGUUAAUCAAAUUCAAGGAUUAGGGGAGUCCGGUGGCCCUACAAGGUCGACGGUGUUCAUCAAUGACGUUGCAUUUGAAGUAGCCAUGGGGCCCUUUAAUGUGAGAGAGGCUUUUGGUGAUGAUGUUUUGUUGAUUCAUUCCUCAGGUCAGCCUGUUCUCACCAAUGAGUGGGGAGUCACCCUUCAGUCACUGCAGCAUGGAGCUUUCUACUAUUCGGUACCCCUUUCCAUGAUGAAGCUUUUGUUUACUAGUUGGAUCAUUAAUGAAUUUUUCUUGGAUUGCAGUUAUAAAGUAUGGAAGCUGAGAUUAUGGGUGAUAGCUGGCUUGCGUGCUCGUCUAAGUUCUUAA